UCAGAAAAUACAGCAGACAGCCGCCCAAUGCUGCUCAAUCACACUCGCCUGACUCGACAACAACAUCGCCAUUUUCAGCGCUGGGAGGGAGGCGGGGACGCUGAAAUCUCCCGCGGUACAGAAGUAGGUCAACCAGCAAUAUAGCCGAGACAUACGCACUCAGACUCCCGAAAAAACGAGAAAUAACUACAUAAAUCUGCGCUUAUUCGUUUCCAAUGCGUGCGCUUUGCUUCACUCUGAUGCGUUCAGGUUCCGGUCCGGGUUGACAUUCAGACAAGUUAUCAGGAUUUUGUUUGUUUUUCACUGUUUGUGAGCGAGCUGAACGGAGAUAACAUGAGUCACACGCAAAACAGCUCUCUCAGGCCCCCAAGAAUGAAAAGGAGGUUGAGCAGAGAGCGAGAGGACAGCACCUCAUCCUGCGACGGGCCGACAGGCUCCUGCAAGAGGGUCAAACAGCCCGACGAGGACUCUGAAGAUCAGAUGUCCAACUGGGCUCGACUACCCCAGGAGAUCCUGCUUCACAUCUUUCAGUACCUGCCGCUCCUCGACCGUGCCUUCGCUUCACAGGUUUGCCGUGGCUGGAACCAGGCCUUCCAUAUGCCCGAGCUGUGGAGAUGCUUUGAGUUUGAGCUCAAUCAGCCUGCCAGCUCUUACCUGAAAGCCACACAUCCUGACCUAAUAAAGCAAAUCAUAAAGAGGCACUCCAAUCAUUUACAGUACGUCAGCUUCAAGGUGGACAGCAGUACAGAAUCAGCGGAGGCCGCGUGCGAUAUCCUGUCUCAGCUGGUCAACUGCUCUCUGAAGACUCUUGGGCUGAUCUCCACUGCACGACCAAGCUUCAUGGAGCUACCCAAGUCCCACUUCAUCUCUGCGCUCACCGUGGUGUUUGUCAACUCCAAGUCUCUUUCGUCUUUGAAAAUUGAUGAUACGCCAGUGGAUGAUCCUUCGCUCAAGGUCCUGGUGGCCAACAACAGUGACACACUCAAGUUGUUGAAGAUGAGCAGCUGCCCUCAUGUUUCUCCUGCAGGUAUUCUGUGUGUUGCUGAUCAGUGUCAUGGUCUGAGAGAACUGGCUCUGAACUAUCACUUACUGAGCGACGAGCUCCUUCUGGCGCUUUCCUCAGAGAAACACGUGCACCUCGAGCAUCUUCGCAUAGAUGUGGUAAGCGAGAACCCUGGUCAGCAGUUCCACACCAUCAAGAAGAGCAGCUGGGACGCCAUGGUGCGCCAUUCACCCAAGUUCAGCCUGGUCAUGUACUUCUUCCUGUACGAGGAUGAGUUCGGGCCCUUUUUCCGCGACGAGAUCCCUGUUACGCACCUCUACUUUGGCCGCUCGGUCAGCAAGGAGGUGCUCGGUCGCGUCGGCAUGAACUGCCCCCGCUUGGUGGAGCUGGUGGUGUGUGCCAACGGUCUGCGGCCGCUAGACGAGGAGCUGAUUCGUAUCGCCGAGCGCUGCCAGCACCUGUCGGCCAUCGGACUGGGCGAGUGCGAGGUCUCCUGCAGUGCUUUUGUGGAAUUUGUGAAGAUGUGUGGUCGUCGCCUCUCUCAGCUGUCUAUCAUGGAGGAGGUGCUCAUCCCAGACCACAAAUACAGCCUGGAUGAGAUCCACUGGGAAGUGUCCAAGCACCUGGGUCGUGUUUGGUUUCCAGAUAUGAUGCCCACCUGGUGAAAUGCACAACUAUUGCAUUCAAAACACCAUAAGAACUCCUAAGCCUUUGGUAAUAUGGGCUUUUAAUGUGGUCUUCGGUAAAUUCACAAGGUUUGUACAUAGAUUUGAUUUGAGAUGUAAAUUCCAGUGUGGACUGUUGUAUUAAAUGGAUAGUUCACCCACAAAUUCUGUCAUCAUUUACUCGCCCUUGAUUCAUUUCAAACCUGUGAGAUCCUUUUCAUUUGUGGGACAUAAAAGAAGAUAUUUUGAAGAAUGUUGGUAACCCAACAGUUUUAGUGACCAUUGACUUCAAUUUUUAAAAAAAAGACAUACACUUAGACAUUUUUUUUUUUUUAAAUAAUAUCUAUAUAAUAUGUUCCACAGAAUACACAGAGGUCAUGCAGGUUUGGAAUGACAUGAGGGUACGUAAAUGAUGACAGAAUUUUAAUUUUUGUGGGAUAUAUGCCUUUAAUGGCAUGUUGUGGCAAAUCUACAUGUAAAUGAAUCUUACAAAAGUUUAUUCAGGUCAUAUUUAACCCUAAAAUUAAAAGAAAAAACUAUAUUUGAUUAUAUUUUAUGUCAAAAAGAAAUUAAGCCCAUUUUAGGACCAUUAAGAUUUUUGUCACUGUGACAUUAUUUAAACAAUUAAGCAUUUUCCCAUCCUUCUCAUAAUGCAUCUCUUUGAGUUAUUAUUUGACUUUUUAAUCCAUUAGAUUCUCAUUACAGUAACACGUAUUUUUAGAGUUCAAAUUACUACUUCCAUGAUCUAUAAUUAUUUUACAAUUUCUUUUUCUCCUGUAUUAUGGCAAUGACAAUAUUAGGUAUUGUUGGUCACAAUACAAAAAAAAUGUUAAUGGUUCUAAAGAAAAUUGAGCUUAUUUGUGAAAAAUAAUUUUGUAUUUCUUUCAUUUGGGGGUGUAACAUAACCUGGACAUUUUGUAACAUUUACUAAAAUAGAGUAUCACUGUACACAUCAUACCAAGUAUAUAUGUUACAUUUUUAGAUUAUUUUGCAAAAUGUGUGUGGAAGGGGAAAAAACCCAGUUGUUUAUUUAGAAAGGAAACUGAAAGCUGUUUUAUCUAGAUCAGCUUAUCAUAUGCGGAUUAUUCAUUGCUCAUGAUAUGGGCUCUCUGUCUUUGUUGAUGUUCUUAGCGGAUACUCAUCCAUUUCUCUACUUCACUUCUGCAUAAUUCACUUUGUCCUGCUGUGUAUCUGUGCAGAUGGCUGUUUUCAGUGGCUCAACUUUGCGCUGUAUUUUCAAACUGUAAAGGGUGGAUCUCAUGUUAAAUCAUUCUUCCAUUAGAGCAGAGUGAGAUUUAGUUAUAAAUGUUUAAGCUUGGAAUUCAUUUAUCCAACCAUCAGUUUCCCAAACUGCUUGUCCAAUGUAGGGCGACAGGAAUGUUGGAGCCUAUCCCAGCAGCUCGGGCCAUAAUCACAUUUUGAUUUAUAUUGGCCAAAUGGUUUGUGUAGUUAGUUGAAUAAUUUUCAGCCAUGACACUUUAGUGAGAGCUGUUUUCUUUCACCAACUAGUGGCCUCUCACUAACCAGUUCACCAACACAAGUUCAAGGUUAAAAAGAAGUGCACAGCCAUCGGGGUUGUAAACAAGUGCUCACUUGAAUGUGUGCUGAUUUGAUUUAUGUAGAUAAAGAACUGUAUUUUGUGUGAUUUAAACAUUUUGUAUUAAUAGAUACAUUUGGUAUUAUAGUGCUUUUGUACAAAAUGUAUAGUGAAUAAUAUGCACCUUAUACAUACCAAAUGGAAAUAAUUCUUUCUGAUGGUUUAGGCAAGUAGAAAAGUAGCAGUUGCUCAUAUUUUGGUGUAGCAGGGAAGAGGGUGCAGAACAAUGUAACAGCAUAUUUUCAAGGUCUUAGGUAUGUUGGAGUUGGUCAGGGAAGAUGGAAAUGAAAGGAUCAGUGUUUGGCUCACAGCACACUUGUGUCCUCAGAUUUGAAAAGAGAUAGUAAAAGAAUUUUAGGGAUACGAUGAACCAUUGACUGGUUUCUAUUGGAUUACAUGAAGAAUGUUGUGCAAUGACAAACUGAAUGGGAUACAACCAGAUAAUGAUUGGAUUGAAUUAUUUUUUUUUUUUUCUGGAUACGCUUCAGACAUGGCUGCAUUAACAUGCGCCCCUUCGAUUCAGUAUUGGAGUGAAGCAGUGAAAACAUUUUCCUUUAAGAAGGAAGUCCCAUGUGUCUGUAUAUAAAAUGCUGUGUGUUUGAUAUAAAUAGAAAUACUUAUAUAUACUUCUGUGGAGGUUCGAAGUGUUUCUGUGCUGAUCUCUUUCAGAUGAGUGGGAAUUAUUCCUUGAUGGAUCUUUGUACCCUUGUGAUUAGUUGAUCAUCAGUGUAAUUUAUUGAUAUGCUUUUUUUUUUUUUUUUUGCAUUAAUCUGUUUAUACUGAUAGUUUAACAUUGAGUGAGAUGCUCCAUGUUGAUUUAUAUUCAUAUUAUAUAAUUUAUAAAAAGUCAAUAGCAUGUAAGUUUUCCUUUACCAGUUAUCCAGAAUUAAAGCUGUAUUAGCUUUUGUAAAUUGUAGCAUCUAAAUUAAGAAAAAUAAGAUUCAUGUCAUCAUUUGAAAGCAAAACAUUCUUGAAAAUUAACAGAAAAGGGAAGCUACAGCCUGGUAGUUCACAUACAAUUUAGUUAUUUCAUUAAAGUAACAGAGCUAGGCUUUAGGCAGCGCAUAUCUUACCAUUUUAACUCUAUUUUAAAACAAAAAGCUUUUUGCUAGACAUGGCUUUUUGAAAGUGCAUGCUGAAGAGCAUUACAUAAACUCAACACCAUUGAUACACAUACAAAUAGCAUCAAACCAAGUGCUCAUGUAUUUGAUUUUUCUGAAGCAAGUGAGCAUAUUGCUUGUAUUGCUAAUAUGAAAGCAUCACAUUUCUAUUGUGUUGUAAAAAACGCAAUUAUAACUGUCUUUUGUUGAAAUAAAUAUGGGCAAAUAAACAUUUGUGCAGA